CGAAACGUCGUGGUCAAUCCGAUGACGUCAUCGUGUUUUUUUAACGGACAAGCAUCAAGAAGUUGUUGACAAAAUUUAGUUCAGAUGCCACAAAAAAAGCAAUACCUGCAGGAGUCCCUUGAUAAGGCCAUUGGUGCAGUAAAUUCAAACAAAUUAAGUAUUUCUAAAGCAGCUACAGAAUAUGGGGUACCAAGGACAACCAUAUCAGACCAUGUCAAUGGAAAGUAUGACAACCAUUUGAAUGGACCUUCAAAGAUGCUGACAGAUGAAGAAGAGACAUCUUUAAUAAACUACGUCAAGUAUAUGGCAGAGAGAGGUUUUCCUUUGACGAGAAGAAUGUUAAAAGCAUUCGUAAUUUCUAUCAUUGAGAAAUCAGGUAGAACAACUUUAUUUAAUAUGGAAAAAGGUCCUAGUAACAAAUGGGUAAACAAACUUCUAAACAGACACCCUGAAUUGUCGGAAAAACUACCAGAACAGCAGGACAAAGCCAGGAGACGCAUGUCUAAUGUCACUGUGGUUGACCAAUAUUUCAAGUUGCUAGUGGACACAGUCGACUCUUUAGGAUUAACAAAUAAACCCAACCAGAUAUUUAACUGUGACGAGUCUGGCUUCAGUGGUAAAGAAAAAAGCAAGGAAAAAGUUUUAACACUAAAAGGGUCACACAGCUACCAACAGAAAGUAUUAGUCCAUGGUCACAUUACAGUUCACAUGUGCAUAGCAGCGGAUGGACAUGUCCUCCCUUCAUUUCUGAUUUUUGAUGGUUGCCUGCCUCAUAGGAGCUUUAAUGAUGGUGUUCCAGAUAACUGGUUAUAUGGAUCCUCUGAAUCCGGGUACAUGGAUACCGAGUUGUUUGAAAACUGGUUCGACAAAGAAGUUGUUGACAAAAUAUACAUGUACAAUGUGAAAGGACAUGCUGCUGGAAUAGGUUAG